AUGUUAAUACCUACUCCUGCUUAUAUUACAUAUAUUGUAACAGAGCACCUGACAUGCGGACGUGGCGAAGCAGGCGGCGCGAUGGCGUGCGCCGGCUGCGAGAAGCCGAUACUGGAUAAGUUCCUGUUGCACGUGCUCGAGCGCGCGUGGCACGCGGCCUGUGUACGAUGUGCCGACUGCCGCGCGCCGCUCGCAGACAAGUGCUACUCGAGAGACAACAAAUUGUUCUGCAGAAACGACUUCUUCAGACGAUAUGGGACAAAAUGCUCUGGUUGCGGACAUGGAAUAUCACCAUCGGAUCUCGUUCGGAAAGCGAGGGAAAAGGUCUUCCACCUGAACUGUUUCACUUGCCUCGUAUGCAGAAAGCAACUGUCGACCGGUGAAGAGCUAUACGUCCUAGACGACAACAAGUUUAUAUGCAAAGAGGAUUAUCUCGCAGGAAAGGCGCCAACGACGCACCGGUUGCGCCCUAGUACGCUUGCUCCAGGCUAUUUACCGCUGCUGAUACAACUCAUCUGUUGUUGUCGAGGGCACGCUCUACCACCUCCUGCAUGA